AUGUCAAUAGCACCAUGGUAUUGUGAUGGUUGUGGUCGAAUGAAUGGUCCAGUUCGAUAUCAAUGUGAACAAUGUCGAGGAUUCAAUACUUAUGAUUUGUGUGAUCAAUGCAUUGUACGCGCGCAAGCACUUCAUCCAAAUCACUCAUUUAAAUUGAUACCACAAGCUUUAACUAGUAUACCCGUCAUCAAUACAAUGUUACCAUACUACUACUCAUGGGAAACGAUUAGUUAUCCACAAGCAGUGUGGUCACCAUAUGUUCCAUUAAUGAAACCGACAGUGAGAGUAUCCUACGAAUAUUCAACUUAA